AUGGCACCGAAACUCAAUGCUGUCAGAGAAGCAGCACUCGCAGCGGCAGAAGCGAGACUGAAAGGUCCGUCAACUAGUCAAGCGACGAACGAUGCGUCGAGCUCUGGUUCAGGCCCAGGUCUAAUGACUCAACCCUCGACUUCUCGGCCUUCAUGGACAAAGCCUAGCGAGAAGCAGGACCUGGAGACGAGACGAAAUUUCGCAAGGCUGUUGGAUAGAGGUAUUGUCAGGGAUAACGGAUACAAGCAGAGUGCAGAAGCUGUGGAGACCCUUAUCAAGAUCUGCAUGAACAUCCUUGAGAACCCUGACGAAGUCAAAUACCGAGAUAUUCGAGCUACCAAUUCGCUGCUCCAAAACAAGGUGUUGGAAGUGAAGGGUGGGCAUGAAUAUCUCAUCGCACUUGGCUUUCGUAUCGUGACCCGAGAAUUUGUCAAGCAUUACGUGCUGCAGACAUCUCUCGCUCGGAUGCACGAACUGGAAAUCGGAGCAGAGGUGUUGAAAACGCACCUGGCCAACCUUCAAGCGCGAGCAGCUUCAGAAGCAGCUUCCAAGGUGAAUCAUCAGUCUGCCGAAUCAGCUCGCAAAGCUCGUGCUUUGGCGGAGUACGAGGAGGACAGAGAUGCAGUCAAGAACCGUGCAGAGCGGGAAAGGUUGAAUAGGCUGUACAGAGAACAAGCAGCAAGGGAGAAAGCUGAACAGGAGGCAGAGAGGGAGGAGGAAGAGAGGGAACGAGAAGAAGAGAUGGACUUGCAGGCGCAAGAGGUGAACGAAGAUUCGACAGGUCCUGGUGGCAGUACGGCGACCGGCCUCACGUCAGGGGAAGCGGAGACCGAUCAUCUUGUGCAUGACAAUCCGGACGACACCAUGGAUGAUGAUGAGGAAGCAGAGCAUGGCACGUAUUCUGCAUUUCCUGCUGGUGGCAAGCGGUUGGGCGAAUGA